GCCUUGAACACCUUGAGGGAUGGGGCAGCCACAACCUCCCUGGGCAACCUGUGCCAGUGCCUCAUCACCCUCAAAGUGAAGAAUUUCCUACUUAUGUCUAGUCUAAAUCUGCCCCUCUCCAGUUUAUACCCAUUGCCCCCAGUCCUAUCGCUACAAGCCUUUGUAAACAGUCUCUCUCCAGCUUUCUUGUAGCCCUUUCAGGUACUGGAAGGUCGCUUCAAGAUCUCCUCGGAGCCUUCUCUUCUCCAGGCUGAACAAGCCUAACUCUCUCAGGCUGUCCUCGUAUGGGAGGCGCUCCAGCCCUCUGAUAACCUUCGCAGCCAUUGAUCAUCCUUGUAGCGCAAAGCGCAGCAGCAAAGCCUCCAAGCCCCGCGGAAGCCCCGAGGCCGGGGAGGAGGCGGCGGGCGCUACAGUCUGGGCUCAGGACGGCGAGACCCCGCGCAGGAGCCCGACAGGGGCCGUCACCGGGCAGCGGCGGAACCGCCCGGCGCGGCCCCAGCCCCGCUGCAGCCCCGAGCCUGGCUGCAGCCAUGCAUGCCGAGCCCAGACGCAGCCCCUCAUCCCGAAACCAGGCCAGCGGAGCAACAACAGGCAAAAUGACAACCGUGAGCUCUCCAACAGCAAAAGAGCCUACAAUAGAGAUUGAUGAUGGUCGUGAUGAGGAUAAUGAACCAGACAGCUGUUCCAAUGCAUUUAGGAGAAAAAUUUCCCCAUUUGUGAUGUCCUUUGGAUUCAGAAUAUUUGGAGUUGCACUUAUCGUUGUGGACAUUAUAGUCUUUAUUGUGGAUCUGACUAUCAAUGAGAAGGAGAGAGGUGUUAGAGAGAUUCUUGAAGGUGUUUCGCUGGCAAUAGCACUCUUCUUUCUCGUCGAUGUUCUUUUGAGGGUGUUCGUUGAAGGUUUCAGGAACUAUUUCCAGUCCAAACUGAAUAUUUUGGAUGCAUUCAUAGUGGUGGGCACUCUGUUAAUCAACAUGACGUACUGCUUCUCAGACCUUGCAGCACUAGAUCAGAUACCAAGAAUGGUUACUUUCCUCCGAGUUCUGAGAAUUGUCAUCUUAAUAAGAGUAUUUCGCCUGGCUUCACAAAAGAAGCAACUGGAAGUGGUGACCAGGAGAAUGGUCUCUGAAAACAAAAGGCGUUAUAUGAAAGAUGGCUUUGAUCUGGAUCUCACUUAUGUUACUGAUCGCAUUAUUGCAAUGUCAUUUCCAUCUUCUGGGAAGCAGUCUUUCUAUAGGAACCCCAUAAAGGAAGUUGCAAGAUUUUUGGACACAAAACACGCAGACCACUAUAAAGUCUACAAUCUCUGCAGUGAAAAAGGCUAUGACCCAAAGUACUUUCACUACAGGGUGGAAAGGAUCUUUAUUGAUGACCACAAUGUCCCAGCGCUACGGGACAUGCUGAAAUUUACUGCCAGUGUUCGUGAAUGGAUGAGUCAAGAUGAAAAGAACAUCAUAGCAAUUCACUGUAAAGGAGGCAAAGGUAGAACUGGAACAAUGAUCUGUACCUGGCUGAUAGACAGUGACCAGUUUGAGAGUGCAAAGGAGAGUUUGGACUACUUUGGGGAGAGAAGAACUGAUAGAAGCACAAGUACCAAGUUUCAGGGAGUUGAAACUCCAUCCCAGAGUAGGUAUGUUGGGUAUUACGAGAUCCUGAAAAACAAGUAUAACUUGAAACUCCCACCAGAGAGACAACUCAAAAUAAAAAACCUCAAAAUCCACUCUAUACAUGGAGUUGGGAAAGGUGAUGGAACCGAUUUGAAGGUGCAGAUAAUAGUGAGGAAGCAAAUUGUACUUGAAUGUGCAUGUGCCAGUCAAGGAAACUGCAAGCUCUUCUUUGAUUCUGAAAGUGACUCUGUAGUCAUUGGCUUGAAAGACAGCCCGGUUAUAAGUGGCGAUGUGAAAGUCAGAUUUGAGUCAUGUUCUGAUCUCCCCAAAGGCUAUGAUAACUGCCCUUUCUUCUUCUGGUUCAACACUUCCUUCAUUGAAAAUAACAGACUCUACCUUCCCAGGAAUGAGCUGGAUAACCCUCACAAGUCUAAAACAUGGAAAGUCUAUAGUGAGAGAUUUGCUGUGGAAGUGAACUUCACUGAACCAUAAGGGAAAGCUGAAAGAAGGGAAAUACUCAAAAUUCAUCUCUCUUUCCUGGGAAAUGCCUUGCUGCUUCAGUAUAAAGUGAAGCAGUCUUAUUUUCAUGUUCCUAAUGUAUUUCUGUGUAGAUACAACUUUUCAAAUAAACUUACAUGAAGUUCUGUUGUGCAGAGCAA